UUUGAUCAAAGGGCGCCUCAGCUCGCUAAACUAACGAUCAGGAGCCUUCGAUUCGAAAGUUUUGGAAUUUAUGCGAGAAGGAAAUCAAUUUAGGGCGUGAAUUUACAUUUUUCAUAAAUUCGAGGGGUUUAAACUACGUCUGCAAACGACGCAUCUUUAGAAAGUGAGUUAAGAUGAGCAUAUUUUAAUGCAAACAUUUUUUGACCCAAGGGAUUUCCAAAUCAGUCUUGUAGGCUAAAACACAAUGAAGAUCUCAAGUAUGUAAGACUGAUCGUCGUAGAAGAUGAGUAUCAACAGGAUAGCGAUAAGGACAAACAAAGGAAGUUAUAUCGGUGGAGAAAAGAUUUACGGGACUGUGUAUCUAUGGAUUUGUAGCACUGAUCCAUGCAGAGGAGUGAAACUGAAAUUCAGAGGAUAUGAAAAAUGUGAAUGGGAAUUUCGAGAAAUACAGCAAGACGUAGAAACUCAGUUACCAGUUGAGAAGAUAGGAACCAAAAAUUCAAGGAGAGAUAUGUUCAGAGCUGAACUGCGACUCAUUGAAUAUCCUGAUGGAAUACCUAUGGGCUGCUAUGCUUAUCCCUUCCAUUACACACUGCAACAAGGCUUACCAGGAUCAUUUGAGGGUGAAGGAAAUCAAGCUAAUGGGGACAAAUGGAAGGCCAAGAUUGUGUAUAAAGUGAUAGCUGAGGUUGAUAGACCUGGAUCAGGGGAAGUUCUUGAGGCUUCACAGGUCAUCACAGUUAAUGAAAAUCUUCCCCUGACAUCAGUCGAGCCUGAAGUUUUCACAGAUCGCAGAACUGUGAAAAUUUGUUGCUGUAUUCCAAAAGGGGAUGUCUUGCUUAAUGCUUGGUUGGACAAGAAGGUGUACACAUCAGGAGAAACAGCUUCCCUUCAUAUUGAUGUUAAGAACAAUUCCAAUGUUGACAUUGAUUCAUUUAUUGUUAAGCUUUUUAGAGUGGUAAACCUAAAACCUCAGGAAAAAGAUCUUUCGUCAUCUGUAAGCAGCCAAGAUAGCAGAGCAACUGUCAUGACAAGGAGUCCAUGUGUUGUAGAAAGCAUGAAGGAGAAGUCACUGGAUGGUUGUCAGGGAAAACAGCUGAGAAACAUGGAAGUACCCCUUGAACUUUGGAAAGAGUCCUCACGGGAAGAAUUUCAACCAUCUACUAGUGGUCAAAUUAUAAAGAGUACAUACCAUGUUGAUGUUGAGAUAGCCAUCAGAUGGGCAGUUCCAAUCUCUGCUCAGUUGCCAAUCACUUUGCGAUCACCACCCAGUCAAUCUUGGAAUGAAUGGGAACCACCUCCCUGGGUGUACAACUGCAGAGUCAUAAAAAUCACUGGUCCCUGUUCUGUUCCUGAGCAUUUAUUAGGUUCCAAAUUGUUUGUCAACAUUCCUGGUAUUCAGGCAGAUCCCUUCUGAGAACUUUGCAAGCACCAAUUGCAGUGCAGUGAAUUGUGUGAACCUGCUUAAUGAUGGAGAAGUGCUUCUCCUUAGGUAGUGAUAGUCAGAAUGCAGUUGGCUAUGCCAAGGUCAUGAUAAUUAGAGGAAGUACUGUUGAUGUUCUAGGAGGUUUUGCUGGCCAGAAAAUGUCUUAUAAAUUAUGUCCCCAGAUUAAAUUGUAGUCCCCAGAUGAAGCUUACUAGCUAUUCUUAAACUGAUAGUAAUGAAUAUUUAAACUUUAAAUGACCUGAUAUGAUAUAACUUUUUGGUAAUCCACCUUAGACUGCAAAUUGUUGAACCACUAGAGAUUGCUGAGACUGUCUGGGAUAGCAUGUUUUCAUGACUGACUCAUCCCAGUAGUCUCUCAACCCUUUACAGCCUAACAUCAGUAUCCAUAUUCUCCAUACUGUUCUCUAUACAGUUCCUGAGGUGCUGACAAGGAGAAUUAGUUUAACAAUCAAGAGGCUCCAUAGUUGAUGAUCAUUUUUUUUUUAUUUUUGUUACCUUAAUGUGUGAUUCAAAGAUGGCAGCAACUGUUUAAGUGUGAUUUUUUUGUCUUUGAGAUCAAUGUUUAUAUUAUCAGAGAUGAGUUCACCCACCAUCCCUGGUGCAAUUUUUGUGAACUUCCUUCUUUAAUAUCUAGAAAUAGAGAGAUGCCUGUGGGUGAGUCAGCCCCUAUAACUAGAGCAUUGAGAAUCUUGGGUAGCUUGUCACAGGCAUUCAGUUGGUAAGACAGAGCUAAAUUAUAAACAGCAGGAUUGUAGCAGCAGAGUGAACAUAACAGAGGUUUGGGUUGGGUCAUGCACCCCCUCCAGCAUUUUUCACUCCUCUGUUACUAUCACACAAUUUACUAUAUUUGUGCUUGAUUUGGCUAAUUGAACACUACUUGAACUAUUACUUGAAUGGAAAAUUUCUCCUGAUGGAAUCUUUUAAGUGGCUGAUGGUUGAUGAUAAUGGUUUUUGAGGUUAGAUAGAAAUAAAAAUUAAGGUAGGAACAAUUUUAGUACUUUUCCCUUUAGUUAGUGGGAGUGACCAUAAACCCUCAAUAGAAAAACUUUAUAGUAUCACUGGCAAAAUCUAAAGUGUAAAAAUUAUUGAAUUUUAUUUAAAUUUUAAUAUCGUUUUUCUUGUCAUUAUCACAAAUACCACUAGCGACUUACAAUAAUGAGCUUGAAGCUGAUGGAAAUUGCUCUCAUUUGGUGUCAAACGAGCUAAUUGUAGCUAUAGGUAAUUGAAGACUUAUGUUUAGUUAAAGUGAUUUUUGAAGAGCAAAUAAGAUGAGUUUAAAUCAAAACUUCCUGGAACUGAUACAAAACAAAACAGGAUAGAAGACAUUCUCUUUGAAAAAUACACAUUUUAAUUAAACUUGUAGAGUUGUAGAGUUUUAAAGGUACUUUUAGGAACUAAUUUUAGGUUCACUAUUUUAUAAUAAUAGUAGUCAUUAUAGUAUAUUAAUCAAACACUCUAUUUUACUAGGCAAGUGAUGUUUAGUUAAAGUGAUUUUUAACCCUUUAACUCUCAGAAGUGAUUAACAUCUUACUUCUCCCUUUAAUAUCCAUACAUUAUCCUGCAAAUAGGUUAUGAGAAUACUCAAAAAUACUUGGCAGGUAGAAAUUGUUACCUUGAUCUAACAUCAAAUUCUCGUAAUUAAUUUACAAGGAAAUAUGUAGUAGCUAGAGGGGAGAAUUAAAAAUCAGAUCUUGGAAGUUUAAGGGUUAAUCAGAAUGAUCCUACACAAGAUGUUUAAAAAGACAAUCUUUAAAAGCUAGUGACACAGAUUCGCCAGCCAUUUUGAUAAGAUUGGUGAUAUGAAGAGCAAAUAAGAUGAGUUUAAAUCAAAACUUCCUGGAACUGAUACUAAACAAAACAGGAUGGAAGACAUUCUCUUUGAAAAAUACACAUUUUAAUUAGACUUGUAUAGUUGUAGAGUUUUAAAGGUACUUUUAGGAACUAAUUUUAGGUUCACUAUUUUAUAAUAAUAGUAGUCAUUAUAGUAUAUUAAUCAAACACUCUAUUUUUCUAGGCAAGCCCAGAUUUACACUCAUUAAUUUUCAUUUAGGCCCUAAAAUGCAAACAAAGUGGCAGUAAAAGUAGUAAACAUAGAUCAACUUAGUGUUUAAAAACCCCAACUGACAGGAGGCAGAUCAUUUGGUUGUAUUCAAAGCACAGCUAAGGAGUUGAAUGUAAGGAAAAUGGGAACAAAUCAAGGAAGUGGCAGCAUAGAGGGCUUGAACCCAGAAACACUAGAUUCUGGCUGGGUUGGUCAAAGCUAGGUUUAGAUAACCCAGGGCUAGUUUGAAGUCUGAUUUCAGAUCUGAAAAGUUUAAAAGAAAGUUCAGUAUAAUUCUUUUGGUCUACGAUUUGAUGAUUGGAUGCUCUUCAAAUAAUAGAAACAAUUAUCCCAAAAUGGCUUUCGAACAAAGGAAUAGAGAAACCAAGAUUAAAAUUUAACCUUAAGGUGGGUUUAGAGCACUAACCACUUGGCAAUACUGCCUUACCACUAUUAUGUGCAUAAUAUUUGGUACUAUCCAGCUAUAUGUGGAAUUUUUUCUUUCUUAUUUUAAGGAUAUUAAUUUUGUUCUAAAGUUCAGUGGACAAACUCUUCUUAAUUCAGAAAAUCAGGGAGUUACCAGCAAGGAUUUACACUGUUGUGUAUUGAGUUGUCUAUAACAAUGAGUAACAGUUACAGAUAUUAACCAUAGGUAAUUAAGCCAUUUUUACAUUGAA